GCUGCUCGCAGUCCGGCUCAGUCCUGCGCUGGCGACGCUGAACUGUCGGCUGCAACUGCGAAAACUUUUUGUUCCAGUUUUUUGUUUUUACCCCUUGUGUUUGAAGAUGACCUAACUUCAGAAGAGCCUCUGCUGGCCAGGGAUCAGCUCCUACACCCUCCUACCUCCACCACUGCCGCCGCCAUCGGCACUUGAAGGCUGCUCUGCAGAUGGGAGGUCACCAACCAGUCGUCUGUUUCGCCCAGAUGCAACAUCUGCCCUCCACCCUCAUCUAAGAUGGCUGCUCGUGGCCUUCUCCUGCAUCGAAACAGACUGGAGCAGAGCUGCGUGCUACCAUGGUGAUCAUUUUCUUGAAAACACUGGAAAAGAAGAAGGGUGUCAAUGAUGUAAGGUCCAAGAACACCGAGAGACGGCUGCGUGAGCUCCACACCAUGAGCAGAGGGACCACCCUCUUCUCCUGUGGAACCGUGGAGGCAGAUAGGUGGCUGGACCUGGGGCAAAGCUGCGGCAUCCAGCAGAGAGCUCCCUGCCAGUCUGGUGCCAGUCUGGAGAGCCUUUGGGAUGUGAUGCCUGAGCCGGGGAGCUGGCACUGGGCCAAGGAGCCAGGCAGCGCCACAGCAAUCACCAGUCUGAUACGAGAUCUCAGCCUCGGCGACGGCGGAAUGAUCACCCCCCACUCCCACACCACAUCCUCCACUGCUCACUACACCACUACAGCUACCAGCCAAGCUCCUGCAGCACCCCCGAGCAAACGUCAGUGUCGCUCCCUGUCGUUCUCAGAUGAAUACAGCGGUUUCCGCUCAUCUUGGAGGCCUCAGGGCUCCAGAGUGUGGACGACGGUGGAGAAACGGCGGUGCCACAGCGGAGGAAGCGUGCGAGGAGGAGGGGGUUUCUCUAGCGGUCAUUUUCCCACCAUGCAGCGUAGCUCAAGCUUCAGUUUGCCCUCACGCUCCAGCAUCCCCUCAGACGGAGCCCUGGACCUGCCAUUCUUCAACCAGCGACUGCCUCUCCACCCUCAAUUCACUGCCUCUCCCGUCUCCCCUACCUCUCCUUCCUCGCAUCAUCACCACUCCCGCCAUCACCACUUCCUCAGGCCCCUCUCCCUCUCCCACGAGCAGAUCAGCCUGCCAGAGCUCCAGAGGGAGGAGGCGUCAGAAGCCAGCUCUCCAGACUCCACCCCAGAGCUGGGGAGGCGAGCCAGCCUGAGAGCCAGGGGCACGGGGUGUCUGUCUCGGAGCAGGUCCCAGCCCUGCGUGCUGAAUGACAAAAAGAUUGGUAUGAAACGCAGGAGACCAGAAGAUGCUCAGGAGCAGCGGCCCUCCCUGGACCUGGCAAAGAUGACUCAGAAACUUCAGACCUUUCAGAGCUUGAGCUGCCCCGGAUUCUCUGCUACUGACAGCUGCCAAUCAAGCUUGCCCUUUCCCACCUCUGACACCUCCAGCCAACCCGAUUUCACCGCUGUGUCCGACCUGGGACUGGAGUCGCGGCAGGAAAUGGCAAGAGAUGAGGAGGAAGAGGACUCAUCCUACGAGGAGCUGGAUAGCGACUCUGCUUGUAGCGUGGACUCGCGGCCCGGGUCUCCUGUAGGCAUCGUGGCCGCUAAACGCACCCUCUGGAAGGGUGAUUGUGGGACACAGAGGGACAUUUUCCAGCUGGGUGGGGAGCUGGAUCUUGACCAGAUUGAGAGAAACUGAACAUUUUAUAGGAGAUUUUUAAAAGACUGUGUCUGGACUGUUGUGGAAAGUUACUGGACAUUGAUGAUGUACCAAGAGAUGGAUACUAAGAAGGGAUGUGAGGGAGAAGAGUGGAGGAGUUGACUUUGAAAGGGAAAGACAAGGAAAGUGAUAGAGAUGAUAAAGGAUUAAGUAUGUUGUUAACGGCUGCCUUUUUAAUGACACAUAUGCCUUGAACAUUCUUACUGUUUGAAUCAAAAAGCAGUGACCUUAGUUGUUUUUUAUUGGGUAUUCAGCUUAACUCAGGAGUAGGAAAGUGAGGGUUAGUCUUAAAAACACCUCCCAGCCCCCACUGUCUUUUCAACCUGAUGACCUUUCCAAAGUCAGCUUACCAUAGGUUUGUAGUACUGUAGCAGUAGCUGGGCUCUCCUGUAUUUAGCUCGAUCUUUUUUUUUUUUUUUUUUUUUUUUUUUUUCAAAGAAAGUGGGGGCGUCAAGGAUGGAGUGAAAUAGGGAGGGGUAAACAGGAAGAUGUAGCUUCUCACAGACUUACCCUCGACCUUCCUCUUCAUCGUUUGUGCACACAUGAAAAUCAGAUUCUUUUUUGCUGAAUGUAGACUCAAUAAGCUUUACAAGGAAUUCGGAAAAUGACAGUGCCUUCUUUUGGUUGUUUGCUCUACCGGUUCUCUAGCCUCAAUUGAAGCCACCUUUUCUGACCUUUUUUGUAGUUUCUUAAUAUGCAAAUUGUAUAUUUGAAUUAAACACUGAAUCUCAAGUUUUCAGUCCUAAUAUCAAUGUAUAUUUUUCUAAGUAACUGUUUUUUAUGAGCUGUUUGUGAAGGAGCAAGAAUACAAGGCAUUUCUUCUAACAGAAUGGAAAUAAAUGUACAACCUGCA